AUGUUGUCUGUAAUUGCAAUAUGUACAAUGGAUAUUGAUUCGAACAAUAAUUUUUUCAAUGGGAGUGACGAAGUUGAAGAAAAAGAUAACAGUCUUUCAUUUAAUGAGUGUGAAGAUGACGAAGUUGAAGAAGAAGAAGUUGAAGAACCUAAGAAGGGAAUGAGACUAGAAGUUAAUGAUGCAGCAGGGAUUGGGUUAGCUAAGAAUUUUCAUUCCAUAGUUGUUGAAGCGGGGGGAUAUGAGGCAUUAAUGUUUGAUGAACGAGAUGCAAGGAAUUAUAUCAACAAUGCUAGAAGGUUGAGACUUGGGGUAGGAGACGCCGAAUCAGUUACACAUUAUUUUUAUAAAAUGCAACAACAAAAUUCAAACUUUUAUUCGGCAAUUAACCUUGAUGAAGAUGGUUGCAUGCACAACUUGUUCUGGGCGGAUGCAAGGAGUAGGGUGGCUUACAAAGCAUUUGGGGAUGUUGUCUCUUUUGACACAACCUAUUUGACAAACAAAUAUGACAUGCCAUUUGCUCCGUUUGUAGGAGUUAAUCACCAUGGACAAUUAAUUUUGUUCGGUUGUGGGUUGUUAAGUAAUGAGAACACGGAGACUUUUGUUUGGCUAUUCAAAGAAUGGUUAAGUUGCAUGUCAGAUGCUCCCCCAAAAACGAUAAUAACUGACCAGUGCAGAGCUAUGCAAAAUGCCAUAGAAAUUGUCUUCCCACAGGCUCGGCAUCGUUGGUGUUUAUGGCAUAUUAUGAAGAAAAUUUCUGAGAAAUUGAGAGGAUAUUCGCAAUAUGAGUCCAUUAAGGUUGCUUUCAGUAAUGCAGUUUAUGAUUCAUUCACAAUAGAUGAAUUUGAGGAAUACUGGGAAGCAAUGAUUGAAAAUUUCAAUUUGAAUGAUAACAAGUGGUUGGGGGUAGAGAAGGAGACAAAAGCAGAUUUUAAGUCUCGUAACAAAUUGUAUGAUUGCUUAACGGUGUAUCGUUUUGAGAAGCAAUUUCGUGCAGCUUACACUAAUUACAAAUUUAAAGAAGUUCAACUAGAAAUGAAGCGUCUAGUGUAUUGUCGUGCAAAUCUUAUAAAAAAUGAGGGACCAAUUUGUACCUAUCAUGUGAGGGAGGCUAUUGUUGUGGGUGAGGGGAUGAAAAAAGUAAAAUUUGUUGUGUACUUUAAUUCAACUAAAUGUGAGCUCCAAUGUAUGUGUCAGUUGUUUGAGUUUAGAGGUAUUAUGUGUGCACAUUCAUUUUCUGUGCUUAUUGAGAGAUCCAUAUAUGAGGUGCCAACUAAAUACAUUGUUUCGAGAUGGAGAAAAGACUUGGAAAGAGGCUACACAUGCAUUCUAACCACAUAUAUUAACUUUGGCUCUUCUUUACAUCCAAAGUUGCAUGAUAACUAUCACAACACGUUGGAUGAGAUCCUAGAUCUUGUUACCAAUGAUGAUGCUAAACACAAAGUGAUUCAACUUGGGUUGAUGAAAAUGAAGGAUGAAGUGAGAACAGUUCAAUCAAGUAGUGCGAGUAAUGUGCCAUGUACUAGUACUUUAUUACCUUCAAGUAGUACUUUACCACCUUCCCAUACUUCACCAAAAAGUCCGCCUCGUAUCAAUACUACAAAAGAAAGCAUGACUCGCAAGGUACGAAGUCCUUUGGUUGCUUGCCGAAGAGGUCGUCCAUGUACGAAACGAAAGGUUAGCAAGGUUGAUGCAAUAGUUAAUUGGUUGAAGGGAAAGAAUAAGAAGGUGCGUCAAGGUGAACCUCGUAAGUUAAGCUUUCCUUGUAUGGGAAGCGUGCAACACACCAUGUAUGAACCGGUGUCGCCAAGUCAACAUUACUAUCGUCCUUCUAUGGAUGCCAUACCAAACCAUUUCCUUGUACCGGCACCAGUUACCAUAAGUGGGGAUGACAUUGGGAGCACAUCUCACCAAGAAGCUGGAAUGGUCAACAAUAUUAGCUGUCAAAGAUCGAUAGUACCGUCAUAUUUUGUUGACUUGAACAUCGACGGGGAUCCGAAUAAAUGGAUGUGUUUUGCUGUGGUGCAACUAGUCCAAUGUAGUGUUGAUGAGCAGUGGCAUUUUGCUGCUGUGAUCCUUCCUAUGCUGUCUGCUGGUAUUUUGAGUUCUUCAACAGGGCUACUGCUGCUACUGAUGGAUUGA